AUGGUGGAGCCAAGAGCGAACUCCACUGUCACGCCCUCCAGCAUAAACAGGCAGGCCCUGAAGCACGCAAAUGAAGACAAAGAAUUCUUUUCCUUCUGUCCCCCGGACGUGCAACCAAACACUCGCAUUAUUGCUCUCUGUGGUAUCAACGACUUUCAGAAUAAUGCCUCCCCCGAAGCAGAUGGGUGGUUUCUAUCGGACUUUUUUCUCUUCCACCAUCUUCUUCAACAUUCACAUACAUUCCACGCGUCGAAUCAACUGUGGUUCACCUGCGUUGAACCACGAGCUCUUGUGACGAAGUAUGGUGAAUAUGUGCAUGGCAGCAGGUCUGGCGACUGUAGAGUUGUCCUGGAUGCAAAAAAACUGGAGCAAAUUGAGUCAAGCCAAACGAUCCGCGUAAUUCCCGCGAAGGAUCUCCUGGAGCGUUUUUUAGCAACACUAAGAUCAGAGACACAAAUUGCAGUUCGAGAAAAUCAGCAGGUGCUAGUGUUCAUAUUUGGACAUGGAGAAGCAGAAUCCUUUGGGGUGUCCAUAGGAGGCGAAGGCCCUUCUGACCGAGCACUGCAACUUACCGAGAAAAAGUUACACGAAGCCAUUCACCCGAAUGUUGAUUUAACCCUGGUGAUGACAUCAUGUUUUUCAGGAGGGUGGCUUGUAAAGCCAUACACGGAUUCACGCCUCUCUGUGGUAAAGAGACUUAACGUGUCAGGUACGGCAGCCGCUGGUGAUGAGCAGGAGAGUAGAGCAUGGGCAUCGAGCGCCUCGCGCGGGAGAGCAGGGGGCUCUAUUUACGCGGCUGCUGUAUUGAAUGCACUGGUGCAACCGGCGGAAAUUCACCGGGAGGGCGUUGAUGAAAGCGAAGCAAUGAGCUGUCUGACGUAUAUAAACCUGCGCUGUGCGGUCCACCAAGCUUACAAAGAAUCGGAUCCAUUUUACGGUAUUCACGGAGUGUCAUUUGCAGCCGGGGACGAUAUGUGGGAAUCAGAAUGGAGAACGCGCUCGGGAUUUCCACUCCUUGACUACCAAAAGAAAUGGGAGGAACUACUCCAGGUUAGCCCUAACCAGCCAGCAUUUGAUAGCGUACCAACUCUGGGAUUUGCUGGUAGCAUUGGGAAGGGGUUCUACAAUGUCGUGAGGGCGAAAGCAAGGGCCUAUGCGGACUCAUUCCCCGGCGCUGAUAACCUGGCGCCAAAUCUACCACUCCACUAUUCGGUCCGUCAGUUGCUACAAGGGGCCCAGUUUUCGGAGAAUAAGCUUAUGAGCAUUAAUGACAGCUUGGACUAUCGUUUAUCUGCGUUACAGCUCGCCACUCAAUAUACCACCUUCCUUGAACUUGCAUUCCCGGACGCAGUGUCAUUUGAUGUGGAGAAGUGGGCCCUCCAAGCGGACAACCAGCGGCUAGAAUUGUUUCGAAAGGUUAAAAGAUACAAUUUGAAUCAGAAAAUCUUCGAUAGACCCAUCGGGGAUCAGGGUUGGCGCUAUCCUAAGCCGGAUCAGUAUUUAGCAAUCGCCUUGAUAGAGUCUUCACUAAUAUAUGAAGAUAUUUGUGAGCGGAUCGAUCAGAUCAAGACAGUAAAACUGGGAGCACAGCGUUUCCUUGCUAAAAUGCCAAUUGCAGAGAAGAUAAUGGGGAACCAGAAGGUUAUGAAAAAGCAGGACAAGUUUGUACAGACAUGGGGGAAGUUAACAACUCGUCUGAGAUCAUUGUCACCGCAAAAAGGUUCGCGAAAACCGCUGCCACUGUCACCAUGA